UUUUUUGAGGGGAAGAAAGAUAUGAUAGAGCAGGAGGGCCAACAAGUGAGGCAGAAUACAGGGUAUCGGACAAGAAAGAGAAGAGUUGUUGGUGGUGUCGAGCCGCCCAGACAUUCGUGCCUGACUGCCAAUUGAAAGCUCGACGGUUCCACGGUCGUUACUCGGCGGCAAACCGUCUAUUACAGAACAUGGAGCUAUCUUACGUCGUCUGAUAGGCGCUCAGGAUGCACAUGUCCUGUCAAGAUAAGUUGAUCCUUGGCCAGUCCAUAAUCACCCAAGCGAUGCUUGCCCCGCCUAUUACCCUGACAGUGAUUAUCAUUCUAGCAGCCGUGUCCUUGCUGCUUAUCAUCACACUGCUAGCGCUGAGAAUGCGCCAAAGGAGAACAAGACUUUUGGGAUGGACUGGAGAAAACUGUGAUCUUCUGUCGGAAGCGCGGUUGGAUGAGAAUGAGGCGCGCCGCGAGAAGGAAUUGCGUGAUGAAGGGAAAUAGCCUUUGGUUUAUAAUGGUACGAAUUCGGUGUAGUCUGGCUGUACGGAUGAGCUCUAAUCUCCUUGUAGUCACGAGAAUUGACACUCCUUCCACCACUUCGUCGUCGUGACCAAUCGCGCUGCACCUGCCAAUUCUCGUACACGCAAGGUUCCCUGUUGGAUUUUUACUAGAUACUUGGCCGAGCGCUGAGUUUCGGCUCAAGGAAGUAGGAAGUGUAUGCCCGCUGUGGUUCGAUGUCCGUCCCCAGUCAGUAACCUUACGGUCCGUACCCAUUCUCUAGCAAGCCACCGCCCAUCGACUUUGUAAUUCUACCGCGUUCAUCAGAUAUUUUUACAAGUGUAAAUUAUGUACUCACCUUGACCGUACACAGACUCGUGUUCCUUCAGUUUCGC